GUAGAAAUGUAAGCUGGUGCUAAUGCAGUGAAAGUCGACGACGUCAAAGACAUGAGUUCAUUCUUGGCACAGUUUGGAGAAGUGUUUGAUUUGUAUGAUGACAUGAUGUCUGGUGAGAUAUCAUGCGAAGCUCUUGCCAAAAUGUACGGAAAACUGAGGCCACCUGGAAUACGUUUAGCACAGGUACAUGCAGGAAUUGAGACGGUAUAUGGUAAAGGGAUGGGAGAUGCACUAGAAAAGCAAGACUUUGAAGAGGGCCUUACAGAGCUUGAUAGGCGAUACUUUUUACUGCAGGAUUUGGUAUGGGAGUAUGAGAUAUUGUGCAGACCAGAUGGAUUGAUAACCGAAAAUGAUGCCAAGUUACUGUUCACGGCAACCCACGAACACAACUUCUCUCUGGUAAAGUACGACCAGUGGUUAAAGAACCGCCGGGUUAGGGGGACUGGAGUUCCUUUUAAUGAGAUAGAUGUACUGUUGUGCAAUAAACCAACUCCGGAUGAGAUCAUAGCAACCCUUCCAACCAUUCCCCGUGAGCGAACAGUAAUAGAACCACUAGGUAGAAGUGCAACGACCAUGAUAACUGACAGAACAAAGUCUCACGAUCGAAAGAAGAAAGUUGAGAAGCUAGGCUACCUCAAGAAGCUGCAAGAACUGAAAAAUAAGAGAUCUCAAAAUAUAAAGCGGAGAAAGAGUAUUGAAGAUGGUUACAAGAAAUCAGAGGAAGAGAAAAAGCUGGAGGAAGAAGAACGGAAGAGGCGGGAAGAAGAGGAGGAACGAAGGAGGCUAGAAGAAGAAAAAAGACGAGAAGAGGAGAGAGCUCGACUUGAACUACUUCAUAAGGAGGCUGCAGAAAAGCAGAGGCUGAAAGACUUAGAGGUCGAAGCAGAAGCAGUAAGAAUGCAGGAGGAGGCCAUGAAAAAGGCUGUAGACGAAGAGAUGAGACGACAAAUGAACGAAGAAGAAAGGAGAAAGCGAGAGGCAGAAGAUGCAGAACUACAAAAACAACGAGAAGAAGAGGAGAGGAAAAGAAAGGAGCAAGAAGCCGAAGAAGACAGGAAACGACAGGAGCAAGAAGCGGAGGAGGAAAGGUUAAGAAAAGAGAAGGAGGAUGAAGAAGAUAGAAAGAGAAAGGCUGAAGAAGAAGAGGAAGAAAAAAUACGACAGAAAGAAGCUGAAGCAUUAGCGGCAGUUGAGGCAGAACGUCUUGCACAAGAAGAACUAGCAAAGAUAACUGACAAAGCUGAACGAGAUGUUAUGAACAGUAAGCAAGAGGAAGAGAAGGCCCUACAAGCUAUCAAAGAUGCAGAAGCGGCACUAGAAGCGGCUAAGAUGGCUGAUGAUAUGGAGGCUAUUGAAGAGGCACAGAGGAUGAAGAGAGAGGCCGAUGAGAGAGCCAGGACGGCCAAGAUGAUUAAACGUCUCAAGGAAGCUAUACAAAAGAGGGAUCUCAGGGAACUUGAAGAUACGAUCAGAGAUGCGAAAAAGAAAAAGGUUAAAGGAGUUGAGGAGCCUUUAGCAGAAGCUGAGGAGCUUGUAAAUCUGCUCUACGCUCAGAGACAACUUGAGAACGCUUGCUUGGAUAGAUCUAUUGAUGAUAUUGAAAUUGCUAUAGAGAAGAUCAAAUCAGUUAAGACGUCAUUGAAAAAGUACAGAAUAAAGAGUGGUUUUGAUACAAUCCUAGCCAAGGAGCUUAUCGAUGCUGAAUACUUGCUCAAGAGACUCAAGAGACUAGAAUUCUUGAAACGCCAGAUUAUGGAACUAAAACAACAAACUAUUGCCGAAAUAAAGAGUUAUUCUCAACCACCACCAGUCGUCAAAUUCGUGAUGACAGCUACAUUCCUGAUACUGGGACACACAGCUAAGGAGAUAAAACAGUGGCCCCAACUAGUGGUACUGAUGGGUAAAACAGGUAAAGCAAGUUUAAAGAGAAGAGUACAGUCAUAUGAGCCAGAUACCAUGGCGUGGGAUGUGGCCCAGGCAUGUUCAGAGAUCUUGGCGGGUAUGGAUACUGGUUCUGUAGCUGACGUUAGUGCGGGAGCAGCUGCUUUUUACAUCUGGUGUGACGGAAUGGUAACAGAGAGACUAACCCUACCAGAGGUAAUAACAAAAGAGCUACAAGACCAGAGAAGAGCGAGUAUCAAGAGAGAGGAAUCCAACAAGAACCUGACUAAAGGCAGAACAGUUGAGGUUCUCUCCAGGAGGUCCAGAUCUAGAGAUAGGAUGGAGGCUCCUAAGAAUAAGAUCAUACCUGACAGAUCAAGAAGUAGCAAGGCGGCAGGAAAGAAUCCAGGUCCGAGCAACAACGCUAAUAGAAGCAAGAGUACCGGGAACAACGCUAAUAGAAGAGGACGGAAAUAAUGUGGUGUGAUGGACAUUUUAGAUCAGAAAAUUUAUUAGAUUUAGCUAUCGAAAUUAGAUGGAUGUUGUCGUAAAACAGUGCAACAGUAAACAGUGCACUAUGGCGGAGAGAAAGAGAGAAGACAGAGCUAUAUUUAGUAGAGUCCGAAGAGAAAAAGCAGUAUUUUAAAUUUAGUAGUCGAUGACCAAUUUGUAUGAUAUUUUGUAUGAUAUUUUUACCACAAUUAUAGACAUAUUUACAGCUAAUAUAAAUAUGAAUUGAUUGACUUAAGAUUACCAU